CGCGAGGGGAAGCCAAGCAAACGACGUACUCGUACUGGUUCGGGGAGCAUGGAGCAAUCUCCGAAAAAAAACGAAGGGGACAUCGACGCCUGGCGUGGGGGCAGGCGACACACCGGGGUCUAAGGACCACCGAACCCCGAUGCUGCAGGGUGCACCUUCUACGGGCACUCCUUCCGCCCAUGUUCGAGGGUUCGGGACCGGAUUCGGCUGUGUUGAUGAGUGGUGGGGCUGCGGGUCAAGAAGAGGAGGCUACUGGUCGGCAGGGAAAAUCUACGAUGGACGUUGUGCCCAGGCGUAGAAGGUCUGGUGACACGUCCAUUGCAGGUGUGGGAGACGAGGUGCCUGUCGUCGACCACAAAGACAAGUGCUGGAUGUUGGACUGGGUGGGUGGAAUCGGGGAACCCUCGGGUGGGCUGGUUUUGUACGUGGUGAUCAAAGGUAACAUUGUUCCGAUUGGCGGUGUGGUGAAGUGGAGUGGAGGAAAUUCACCGUUUGCCAUGUUGGAAUUUACGAUGGUCCUUAACGCUAAAGGGCAUGAGCCGGUGGUGCAUGCUUCCGACCGCAUAUCUGAACCGAAAAGCGUGCUUUCGUCGUCUUUGGAGGCGGCUCCAUCGUCGAAACCAAUCAUUAUAAGUGUCCGCCCUCCGUCAUCACUUUGGACUACGGUUGCUGCAACACGAGUUCCGAAAUCUGAGCAGAUCGGGGAGAAAGGUCCGUGUCGUGGCCAAAUCGUGCCGUCAGCCCCUAUGAAGCGUAGACCAACAUCAACCAAGGAACCAGUUUCCUUGGUCCGCCCGCCACGCUAUGAGUUGGCCAUUCCUGCUGGGCCGCAUGAUUUUGGAGAUGACGACGAGGAGAACAACGAGGAAGAUUGGGAGCGCGAUGAAGAACGCGAAGAAUAUGAGGAGGGUGACGAAGAAGAGGAAGUAGAGAGUGAGCACACAAUCAGCGAGAGGGGUGGGCCGGGCGAAUUGGAGGGUCGUCUAGGGGUUGAGUAUGAGGACGAAGGGCAAGAAGAGGAAACGACCGGCGAGGGAGGGUAUCCAGAUGUGCAUCAGGGUUCCAAACGAACGCAGCUGCUCGCGCCGGGUCAUGGGCAUUGGGAAGCGGAUCUAGGGCGCGGGGAAAUGCACCGCGACGUUGGGGUCGAGCCGGCGCAUGCCGAUGCAGUCCGACUAGCUGAGAAGAAAAGGAAGAUCAGGCAAGAGAGGAGAAGUGCUUUGGACAGUAAGAAAACCAAGCAGGAGGGGAGAGCCAAGCAAGAGGAGGGCAAACGCAAGUUAAGAAUGCUGCCGAUUGAGGAGGCCGUCCAACUUACGCGGGGGGCUGAGGAGGCCAUGAAGAAAAAAUGGCAGCCAAGGAAAAAAGCAGUGAAGGGAGGUGUGAUGGAAAAAACUUCCGUUUUUCCACCGGACCAGCCACAGUCGGAUGAAGACGCUGUGGGCAAGACAGUCACCAGACCGCCCGGUUUGCAGAUUCUGCCGCCUGGGAAUUCUUCUGGUCAUCCGAGCAAAGGCUUCUUCCUUGAGUUCGACGAGAAUGGUAACCAGAGGCCGGAAAUGCAGUUCAUUUAUGUCAAGUUGGACAGGAUUCUGGAUAUCCCUGACGAGGAAUUCAGAUAUAAUCAACGGUUCCUCGGUCAGGAGCUUAUUGAUGACCUUUACAAAACAAUGGUUGAAUUGGGUGAGGCAUCUAUCAGAGAGAGAACGACCGGGGCAACCAUGGUGAAUGUAUGUGCAUUGUACGAGAAGCCUGUCCUUUUGUUGAUUGGGCUACAUGAUACAAUGCAUACUGACGCUUCCGGCACAAAUGUGAGGGCGAGAAGAGUGACGCCCGACGAAUUCGAUCUCCAAUCCGUGCGCAAGUACUACUGGUACUCUCUACGUGGUCAACACAAUGUUGUGGCGGCGAGGAAAUGUUCUCAAGAACACCCUGACAUCGCUCGUGAGCUCCGUUUGGAUUAAUGGACUGCAAGACAUGUUUACUAUCCGGAUAGGAGCAUGGAUAAUUAAGCACCUUGAGC